CGCGUUCACAUCGCUUAUCAACGGCCCGGUAGCGCGACUCAGCGCUCGCACACCGCGGACUUUUGCCCUCUCAUUGACGGGUGAAGACGCGGCACACUCGGGGGCCGGAUAACUCGGAUAUGUUCUCCUCAAAGUCGCCUAAAAGUCCGGCUAAGUAUGCGUCCAAGUCGCCGCGCGUGUCCGCGGAGCAGAUUUGUAUGGUGGAGUGCGGAUGCGAGGACCCGGGCACCUGUGGCGUGCACGGGCCGGAGUGCGCGCCUGCGCAACAGCUGAUUGGCGUUGAAAGUGAGAAGAAAGGGCGGGACAACUUGGCCUACGAGUACGGCAGCCAAAGCGACCUCUGCGCUCCCAUCAAAACCUCCACAGAGACCUUCAAACUCCUGGGCCUGGACUUGGAGCACCCCGUCCACGGUGUAGUUGAGAGCCGUAUAUCCAGGCUGAGCGGCGUGCUAGCCGUGCGCUCGGCUUCCCCGAGCCGGCAAACCGAGGUGGACUACGUGAGCUCGCUGAUCUCGGCCCCAGAGAUCGCCCUGGAGCUGCGCAGGAUGGGCUUCGACGUGGAGUCGACGGCGCGGAUCGGCGUGGACGGCAUGCACUGCCAGUCCUGCGUGCAGACCAUCCAGGAGCAUGUUGGCGCCCUGCGGGGGGUUUCACACGUCCAGGUGUCCGUGGAGGAAGCCGCGGCGCUGGUCGUGUUUCAACCGCUUCAUGUUACGCGACAGGAGCUGAGGGACCAGAUCGAGGACUUGGGAUUCGGAGCCACUUUGCUCGCCGAUGAUGCGGACUUGAGGCAAACCGUGAGCGUUUGGAUCGCAGGGAUGACCUGCAACUCGUGUGUGCGGUCCAUCGAGGGGAGGAUCUCCCAGAUGACGGGGGUCCGCUCCAUAGGCGUGUCAUUGAAGGAUCAAAAGGGAACAAUAACCUUUGACCCGACUCUCACAGGGCCGGAGCAUCUCAGGCUUGCUAUUGAAGACAUGGGCUUUGACGCCUCACUACAAGCCCCAAUUCAGGACCAGGACCUUCUGGCUGACCCGUCGGACCCGUCGGACCAUAAAACGCAACACGACAACGGCACCGAAUUUAUUUCCUCCCCAACAAGCCAGCUAGCGAGCGCUAAAGUGCAAAAGUGCUUUAUCAGCGUGACGGGGAUGACCUGCGCCUCGUGUGUGGCCAACAUCGAGAAGACCCUGCUAAAACACAAAGGCGUCGUGUCGGUUUUGGUGUCGCUGAUGGCCGGGAAAGCUGAGGUGAAAUACGACCCAGACUUUAUCCAGGCUGCUGCUGUCACUCGGCUCAUAGUGGACUUGGGUUUUGGCGCCACUCUCAUUGAGGACAACGCAGUCACACACGGGAAACUGGAUCUCACCAUAAGCGGGAUGACGUGCGCCUCGUGCACCCACAGCAUCGAGUCAAAGAUGGCGGCCACUAAAGGCAUCACCGGCGCCUCCGUAGCCUUGGCAACCAAGACGGCUCACAUCCAGUUUGAUCCAGACGUGAUCGGACCUCGUGAUAUCAUGAAGAUGAUUCAGGACCUUGGUUUUGAGGCGGGUCUGAAGAAGGCGGGCUUCAAAAGCAACCUUGACCACGCAGAAGAGAUUCAACAAUGGAAAAACUCCUUUCUGCUCAGCCUGGUUUUCGGUCUGCCCGUCAUGGGCCUGAUGAUCUACAUGAUGGUGAUGGACAGUCAGCACCGGCAACAUGGAGGCUCCAUGCCAGAGGAGCAAAACCUGCUGCCCGGCCUCUCCAUCCUGAACCUGGCCUUCUUCCUUCUCUGUACGCCCGUGCAGGUUUUCGGAGGCAGGUACUUCUACGUGCAAGCGUAUCGCUCCUUGAAGCACGGCGCCGCCAACAUGGAUGUGCUCAUCGUGCUGGCCACCUCCAUCGCGUACGUCUACUCCUGCGUGGUCCUGAUGGUGGCCAUGGCCGAACAAGCCAGGCAGAGCCCCGUCACCUUCUUCGACACCCCGCCCAUGCUCUUUGUGUUCAUCGCGCUGGGGCGAUGGCUGGAACAUGUGGCCAAGAGUAAAACCUCGGCGGCGUUGGCCAAGCUGAUGUCUCUGCAAGCCACGGAUGCGACCGUGGUGACCUUGGGCCCCGGCCACUCCAUCGUCAGCGAGGAGCAAGUGGUGGUGGAGCUGGUGCAGCGGGGCGACGUCGUGAAGGUGCCCCCGGGGGGGAAGUUCCCCGUAGACGGGAAAGUGAUUGAGGGAAGCUCCAUGGCGGACGAGUCUUUAAUCACAGGUGAGCCAAUGCCGGUCAGUAAGAAGGUGGGCAGCCUGGUGAUUGCCGGCUCCAUCAACGCUCACGGCGCCCUUCUCGUGGAGGCCACCCACGUCGGUGCUGACACGACUUUGUCACAAAUAGUCCGACUGGUGGAAGAAGCCCAAACAUCCAAGGCUCCCAUCCAGCAAUUUGCCGACCGACUAAGCGGAUACUUUGUCCCAUUCAUCGUCUUGGUUUCCGUGGUAACGCUGGUGGCGUGGCUGGCAGUCGGAUUUGUCAACUUUGACAUCGUGAGGGAGAACUUCUCGGGUUACAACGCCAACAUUUCCAGAGCGGAAGUCAUCGUGCGCUUCGCCUUCCAGGCGUCAAUCACCGUCCUUUCCAUCGCAUGCCCCUGUUCUCUGGGUCUGGCGACCCCGACUGCGGUCAUGGUGGGCACCGGCGUCGGCGCUCAGAGCGGGAUUCUCAUCAAAGGAGGCGAGCCGCUGGAGAUGGCGCAUAAGAUCAACGUGGUGAUGUUCGAUAAAACCGGUACCAUUACCAACGGUGCGCCGCGCGUCACGCGUGUUCUGGUGCUGUGGGAGAUGGCUCGUAUGUCUCUUCGAAAGAUCCUCGCCGUGGUGGGAACGGCCGAGGCUAGCAGCGAACACCCGCUCGGCAUCGCCGUCACCAAACACUGCAAAGAGGAACUGAACGCGGAUGUGCUGGGUUUCUGCCAGGACUUCCAAGCGGUCCCCGGCUGCGGGAUCAGCUGCCGGGUUUCUAACGUGGAGCAUCUUCUUCCGCAACAGAGUGAAGAGCGUUUCUUGUUGCCGGGGGCAACCACAGAUGAGAGUAGUCUAGGUGACGCUGCCGUGCAUCCAGGUGAGGUUUUAUGUUACUCGGUCCUGAUCGGGAACCGAGAGUGGAUGAGAAGGAACGGUCACCACGUCGGAGCAGACGUGGAUGCCGCCAUGUCGAGCCACGAGGCGAAGGGGCAGACAUCGAUUCUGGUGGCGAUAGACGGCGUACUGUGCGCCAUGAUCGCCAUUGCGGACACGGUGAAGGCGGAGUCAGCCUUGGCGGUGCACACGCUCGGCAGCAUGGGCAUUGACGUGGUCAUGAUAACGGGAGACAACAAACGCACGGCGAAAGCCAUUGCCGCACAGGUUGGGAUCAGGAAGGUGUUUUCAGAGGUUCUGCCCUCCCACAAGGUGGCCAAGGUCCAGGAGCUCCAGGAACAAGGCCUGCGUGUGGCCAUGGUGGGGGACGGCGUCAACGACUCGCCUGCUCUCGCCCGUGCCGACGUCGGCAUCGCCAUCGGCACAGGCACCGACGUGGCCAUUGAAGCGGCGGAUAUCGUUCUCAUCAGAAACGACCUUCUGGACGUCGUCGCCAGCGUUGAGCUGUCCAAGAGGACGGUACGGAGGAUACGCAUCAACUUUGUCUUCGCUCUCAUCUACAACCUUGUCGGAAUUCCCAUCGCUGCAGGCGUGUUCAUGCCUGCUGGCCUGGUGCUGCAACCCUGGAUGGGCUCCGCCGCAAUGGCCGCCUCGUCCGUUUCUGUGGUUCUGUCGUCUUUGCUGCUCAGAUUGUACAAGAAAACCUCCGUGGAGUUGUAUGAGGUAAGAGCGAGAGGCAUGAUACGGAGCAUCAGGUCCUCAUAGAUCAGGUCUGGAUGGUCACCAGCACAGUCCAGCUCCUUGGACUGGACUGGACUGGACUGGGAACAACACAACAACUGCAUCUCCAGUCUGGAUUCCUGAGCAGGACUCUGCUGGAUCUUUUUACACAAUGGAGAACCUCAGCGUGUAGGAAGCAUAUAAUAUCUGUAUAUUCAUGUAAAUAAACACUUUUCAUGUAAAACCAUGUUGUACAGAACACAAUAGUAUACAUCAGAGUAUACUUAUGUAUAUGAGGUAUACUUAUAUAAUGAAGCCGAGUUAAAGGCUACAUGAAUGAAAAAUACAUAUUAUUAAAAAACAAAAAAAAUUCCAAAAA